AUGAGGUCGCAGGAGAACGAGGUUCAGACAGGUAUACGCAACGGAGAGGAUCCGGCUCAGGUUUUCGACAGGAUUUCCAAUAGAUACCACGUGAAGUACUUUGUCUGUACUCUUGGUGGUUAUCUUAUGAUCUCGCUAUGCAAUUUCGAUCACUUUGUUCAGGAUGCGCGGAAUGCCUACUCCGCUGGUCAUCUUGCAGCCCUCUCACAGGCGGAACGGGCGCGAACUUCUGGCUCAACUUCCGAUCUCAAAGAGGCUUACUUUCUGGAGGCCUUUGCUCAGCAUUUUCUGACGGACCUUUUCUCCUCAGGGCACAUGAGAACUCCACGACGGGUUCUGCACGAGCCAUACUCCGAUGUCGAUCCGCCACCGGACGGUCCGGACUAUCCAGACCUUGAUCUCUGGCCUGCUGACGCCUGCGCUCAGAUAAUGCACGAUGAGGACAGUGCCAAUGGCCUUUGGGUUUCCAACAGUUUUGGAGAUACAUGGGCAGCGUAUGGCGACAGGCAAUUGUGGAGCGGUAAGGCGGCUGCAAACCGUCUACAGGUAGUAAAGGCUGCACAAACCGGUGUAGAUGAGGUUUGGCAGGCAUUUUUAACGGGAAAUUUGCCCGAAGCCUCCGAUUUUGCUGCCUUGAAGAUGACUCCCAAUUUCUCAAACUUAACAUAUCCUGAAGAUUACGUCCCACUCUUUGAGUGGAGCGCCAGGGACCCAGACAUACUUCGUAGCAGAGCGCACCCAGAUGAGCGCAACAACUCUGCUUUUAAGGAAUAUUCAAUCUCUCGGCUCGGGGACCGCGAGUGGCAACGAAUACUAGACACAAUCCAGAACUCGAGCGUAAUUCAAUCCAUGCGUCCCUUCACAUUGUCGUUCCUGUCUUCCACCGGCGUAUGGCAUUUCCGUUCCCCCAAUGAUGAUAGCCUCAUCGUAAACAAAUAUGGUCCAGUUGACGCGGCAGAAUUUGGAAAAUACUGGAGUAUGGAGGCACAGUACAACAUCCAGAUCCCCCAGGUUGCCGGAUCAACUUCGUGGGCAUCAGUUCAAUACCUCGAUCAUGGAUUUCAUAGUCUAGUCGGUCGUCUGCGCCCGCCGAACCAAGAGCCUACAAUGGCCCGUCACAUCGGGGUCAGACCAGUCCAGGAUGAGAAGGGCGCCCGUAUCGAGCUUGCGUGGAUGCAGGACGCGGAUGAUCAGGAUGAUUCCUGGACGCUGGACGAUAUAGUCUACGGUAGAUUUAGCAACGAUUCAAGCAAUAUCGCUAUGAUAAAAUACUGGUCAACCGGACCACGUGGCACAUCGAAGCUGGAGCUAUGGGUCAUCCCAGCCAGCCGGGAUAUCCCUCCGAUUAGGAUUGAUCCUAACUUGCCUUGCGCACGUAUGAACUUCCUCCUCAGAUACAAGAUGCACGCUAGGGACGACCACGAGACCUUCGUGGGAUUCGGUUACGACAACAUCUCCUCAACUAGCACGUGGCAAUUCUUCUCUUGGUCUAGCAACUAUUCCAAGCGACACCUGUCUACGGUAUCUGAAGCUAUUGGUUUCCCGGCCCAAGCCCUACUUCCGGGUAGUCUCAAUGCUUCUGACGGUGACAACCGCAUCAUCCGCAUUUUUUACGGACAGGAUCAUCCGAAUCCUGAUUCGCUUGAUAUCGACAUUCUCCAUCCUGUCCGUUCAAGCUUUGGUAGAGUUAGUAUCUCUGAUCCGCCGAUAUCGAGAUCAUUUCCGGUUACCUGGGAAGCAGUUUCCGAGGAAGAUUAUCUCUUCUGGUUCCUAGCAGACGUCAACCAGGAUGGACGCAUUGAUCUCGUGGCGCUCGUAAGCUGUGAAAACCAGCCCACCGUGCUCGUCUUCCCAGGAUUUCGGAAUGGUACAUUUGGUACGCCGGUAGUUAGCGAGAUCACCCUUGAUCCCGACAGGGGCUCACUUAUGACUGCUCCGUGGAUGCGAAUCAUCAAGGUCUCGCAGGCUGAAUAUACGUACACCUCCGAGUCCAGAAACGCUGCCAGUGACCGCAUGAAGGGGUUGGAUCAUGAUAGCCAGCAGCCUUUACCGUUCUUCGAUUUUCAGACUACAGACGCGGCUAUCAUAAUGUUCUUCGACAACUACGGUGUUCUUGGCACGCGAUUGCUUGCACCUGUCCGUCCUGCUGGUACCUAUGUCUAUGAGUUGAAGGGGCAAAUUCCAUCUAUUGCCGGACAACCUACCCAAGCGAUAAGCUGGCGUGGUCGCGAGGCGGUGGGAUUCGUCUUUGAGUAG